CCCGAGACCUCAUUAACUUCAGCACCUGGACAGCGACCGUCCCGGAAACCCUUCUCUGGUGAAACAAUGCGAGCAUUCAGUGGAACGAUAUUCCUCCAAGACACACUUUGACAAACAAUGCGAAUUCCGAAACCGUUUCUCGCGAGAUAGAAAAGGUGGCUGUAUUGCGCACCUAUAUCUCGCAGAAACCGCACCAGUCUCGAGGCUUCCCUUCCUUGCAGGGAGGGUGCGAGUGAAGGAAGGACAGAACGCCGCGGUUCUCUUUGUUUACAUCGGAAUAAAAGUAAGAAUGCGACGGAUUGUCGGAACGGAGCUGCCGCUGAUACUGUGGAUCUGGAGUGUUUAUGUGAAACUCAGCGGAGGAGCCCAGAGCUGUGAUGAGGUGUUGGCUUCACCCCUCCCCUACAGCGCCUUCACCAGCUCCUCUGUGUUGGCAGCUGAUUUUGGCGCUGGCUAUGCAAAACUCAACAGGAGAGUAGGCAAUGGAGGAUGGUCACCAUCAGAUUCCGACACGUACCAGUGGCUACAGGUGGACCUCAGGGCCAGGAAACAGAUCACUGCCAUAGCAACACAAGGCAGAUACAGCAGCUCUGAUUGGACGAAACACUACAGGCUCCUCUACAGUGACACGGGAAGUAACUGGAAGCCGUAUCGGCAGGACAGCAACAUAUGGAUGUUUUCAGGUAACUGGAACUCCGAGCGGGCCGUGCGCCAUGAACUCCAGCACCCUUUCGUGGCCCGAUUCGUGCGUUUCAUCCCGCUGGACUGGAGUGAGGAGGGGAGAAUUGGGCUGAGAGUGGAGCUUUAUGGCUGUGCUUACUGGGCGGAUGUGAUCAGCUUUGAUGGCCAGGGAGUGAUUUCCUAUCGAUUUAGACAGAAAAAGAUGAAGAUCUUGAAGGAUGUGAUAUCACUGAAGUUUAAGACCACUAAGGGAGACGGCGUUCUGCUGCACGGAGAGGGACAGCAGGGCGAUUAUAUCACUCUAGAGCUGCGGCGAGCCAAACUCCUGCUGCAGAUCAACCUGGGCAGUAAUCAGUACGGCUCCAUUCAGGGUCACACGUCGGUGUCUAGCGGCAGUCUGCUGGAUGACGAGCACUGGCACUCUGUUCUGAUCGAACGCUACAGACGCAGUGUUAACUUCACGCUUGACCAGCACAUGCAGAGCUUCCGCACCAACGGAGAGUUUGACCAUCUGGACCUGGACUACGCAAUUACAUUUGGAGGGAUGCCAGUGUCUGCCAAGCCCAGCUCAGGGGGCAGAGAGAACUACAUCGGCUGCAUGGAGGCCAUUCAUUACAACGGGGACAACAUCACUAACCUCGUGCGCAGGAGAAAAGUAGACACAUCCAGCUUUCAUAACCUGACGUUCUCCUGCGUGGAAUCACGCACAUUCCCCGCCUUUUUUAACUCCACCAGCUCCUUGCAGCUUCUGGGUCAGACCGAUGAAGACACGGUGUCGGUCCGACUGCAGUUUCGGACGUGGAACCCCAGCGGUCUGCUGUUCUUUACCCCGCUCAUGCCUGGAGGAGUGGAGGUCAGUCUGGUGGAGGGAAAAGUUACCGUCCACAUCUACGUCACACUGGGCAAGAACACACGAGUGGACAUAUCCUCAGGUUCUGGACUUAAUGAUGGACAGUGGCACAGUGUCCACUUCCUGGCAUUGGAAGGCAUUGCCAUGUUGACCAUCAAUGGAGACGAGAUGUCCACAGUGAGAGCUGCUAUCCCCAUUCAGAUCAGGACUGGAGGAGAUUACUUUUUCGGAGGAUACUUCCCGCGGACAGACCUUUCUCCAUCACAGCGGCUCUUUUCAGGGCUGCAUGCAGCUCAUACAUGUCGAUAUCCGGACAGCAGCGGACCCCUCGAGCCAUUCAGAGUCACCUGCAAUAUGAUGGAAGACAAAGUGUGGACAACCAUUGUGAAUGACCUUCCGGCUCAAAGCCCUGUGUCAUCGGGUUCCAGACCUGAAGACAAGACUGUGCUCACACUCAAUUACAGCAUGUCUGCUGAACAGGUGAACGCCGUCACCAGCAGCGCUGAGUUCUGCGAGCAGCAUGUGGCGUACAUGUGCUACAAAUCACGCUUGCUCAACUCACCAGAUGGCUCUCCAUCCACAUGGUGGGUCGGCAGGGGAAAUGAGAAGCACUUCUACUGGGGCGGCUCAGGACCAGGUGUGCAGAAAUGUGCCUGUGGCAUUGAACGCAACUGCACAGAUCCAAGAUACUACUGCAACUGUGAUGCAGAUCUGAGGCAAUGGAAAGAAGAUGCUGGUAUGUUGAUGUAUAAGGAUCAUCUGCCUGUCAGUCAGGUGGUGAUUGGUGACGUACACCGCUCUGGAUCUGAAGCCAGACUCACUGUUGGGCCACUGCGCUGUCAGGGAGAUCGUCACUUCUGGAACGCAGCGUCCUUCAACACACCUGCAUCUUAUCUUCAUUUUCCCACCUUCCAAGCUGAGACCAGCAUAGACGUCUCCUUCUAUUUUAAGACUUCAGCCUCACAUGGCGUCUUUCUGGAAAACCUGGGCAAUCCGGAUUUUAUUCGAUUAGAACUCAAAUCUGCUACAGUGGUGUCCUUCUCAUUUGAUGUGGGCAACGGGCCGGUGGAAUUAACCGUACACUCAUCUACACCCCUCAAUGAUGACCAGUGGCACAAGGUGGAGGUGGAGCGGAAUAUUAAAGAGGCUGUUUUGCGAUUGGACAAGGUGCAUAGGGAGGCGUGGUCAGCUCCGCCUCAGGGCCACAUCCACUUGCAGCUCUUCAGCCAGCUGUUUGUAGGUGCCUCAGGGGCGCAGAGAGGAUUUCUGGGAUGCAUUCGUUCCCUAAAAGUCAAUGGAGUGACACUUGACCUGGAAGGGAGGGCAAAGGUCACACCAGGGGUGAAUCCUGGAUGCUCUGGUCACUGCAGCAGCUAUAGGAUGCAUUGCCAGAAUGGAGGGAAAUGUAUAGAGAAAUACAACGGAUACUCAUGCGACUGCAGUCUGACCACCUUCGACGGGCCUUUCUGCAAUGAAGAUGUAGGAGGGUAUUUUGAGAGCGGGACCCUGGUGCGGUACGACCUCAUGUCCGAGAGCAGCUCUGGAGUCCCGAGCGCAGUGGGUAAUCUGACCCGUGAGGAGCUGAGCUUUAGUUUCAGUACAUCCCACACACCUGCAGUCCUCAUCUACAUUAGCUCCAAGACACAGGACUACCUGGCCGUGGUGCUGCGGAACAAUGGUACUCUACAGAUCCGCUAUAACCUGGGAGGAUUGAGGGAGCCGUUCACCAUCAGCCUGAAUCAUCGUAACAUGGCUAACGGUCAGCCUCAUAACAUCAACAUCACCCGACAGGACCGACUCAUUCAGCUUCAGGUGGAUCAUUAUUCUACAGUGAGCUACACUCUUCCUGAAGACUCAGACACUGAGUUCAACCUCGUGAAGACCAUUUUCCUGGGAAAAGUUUUUGAAACAGGUCAGAUUGAUCCGGUGUUGAUAGAGCGAUAUAACACACCUGGAUUCGUGGGUUGUUUCUCCAGAGUGCAGUUCAACCGCAUCGCCCCGCUGAAGGCUGCCCUGAGGACCGGAGUGCCCUCCACAGCCUCCAUACAGGGGGUCCUGGUGGAGUCCAACUGUGGGGCAUCUCCACUCACAGUACCACCAAUGUCUGCGGUCUUUGACCCCUGGCAGCCAGAUUCAGGUGCCCAGUUCCCAUUCACCGAGGAGCGAGUCAGCCGUGAUGGCAUCAACAGAGACUCUGCAAUAAUCGGAGGCAUCAUCGCCUUGGUGAUUUUCACCAUCCUCUGCACGCUGGUGUUCCUGGUGCGUCACAUGUUCCAUCACAAGGGCUCCUACCACACCAACGAGGCCAAAGGGGCGGAGUCUGCCGACUGCGCUGAUGCAGCCAUCAUCGUGAAUGACCCCGCCUUUACAGAGACCAUUGACGAGAGCAAGAAGGAGUGGUUCAUUUAGCCGCACCCCCUGGGAGGGGCUUCGUUCUCUGACAUGGAAAGGAAAGGUCAUUCUGAGCUUUUCGAGCAGCCGAUGUGAAACGGACACUUGGCAAGUCCAUUCGGACCACAGUCUUUGCACUGACUGGCAUGUCUGUUCUGUAAUUAUUUUGUAUGUAUGUGAAUACAGCAGAAGGACUUCUGUGAGAUCAAAUUCAUCCCAUACACACAUGACGGGCAUAUGUCAUACAGGAUGACAGUAAAACAAUAACAUCUAAUGCAUUUUUAUCAUUGCAAUACUGCUGGCAAAUAUGAAUGCACCAAAUACUCCCAAUAGCACAAAACGGAAUGAGUACAGAAUGAUUCAUAAUUAAGUUUCUGAUAAUGACAUUUGAUUGUAUUUAAACAUUUUGUUGUCAGCAUCUUCAGGACAAAAAUAUACUGUAGCAUGGUAAUCAGCCAAUGGCAUUCUGAAUCAUUCAUCAGUGUUAAUGCAGCACUUUUGUGUCUCAUGGUAAAUGUUCUUUAUAGUUAUCAGAAUUCAGUGUUAUUUAUCUGUUUCUCAAUAAGUGCUUGUUCAAACUCUGUGGAAAACACGGCAGGCGGUAUAGAGGGUUUUUAUAAGGAGAUGCUCUUAAAAACAUGAAAGCUCUCGAUAGAGAGUUUAGUUCUGUAGUAAAUUAUCAUUAAUGGUCCAUUUGGUUUUAAUGUGCCUCAAAGGUUCAAGGUUUCUUCUGGCCAAGCAUGGAUUUUUGAGAUUUGAUGACCCUUAAUUGUUAAUAUAUAGGAGAAAGAUAACUUUUUUGUGUGUGUGUUUGCAGUUUUAAUGCACUGCUCAUUUGAAAUCAGCAGCACAAAUUUAUGUAUAAACCAUUUUCAUAUUCUUUUCAUUGUGCUUGGUUAAGUCGCUUUUAUUUCUUAAAGGGACAGUUCUCUCAGUUUCUUUCUUCUGAAGAUCUUUUGAAGAAUGUGUUACCGAACAGAUGAUGAUCCCCAUUGACUUCUAUGCGUUUUCUUUCAAUACUAUGGAAGUCAAUGGGAACCAAUAACUUGAGGGUGAGUAAAUGAGGACAGAACUAUGUCUGAAUUACAA